AAAGGUCAAACCAAAGUCAAAUACUGAAACGUGUUCUAAAAGAUGGCUGCAAGAAAAGUAACACUUCUUCUUACACCAGAACAAGAGGAAACAAUCAAGGCUUUAUUCAAUCAUAAUGACUGGGAAUACAUUGAAAUUAAAUCAACAAAAGUCUGUCGAAAAAGGAAGGCGCAACAUGUGUCGGAGGCAACACGCAGUGUUCAGCAACCAACAGAUUCAACCGGAAAUAGUGGCCCCGGUGGUUAUGGAGAUAAUGGUGGCGAUGGUGAACCGGGCGGUGAUGGUGGCGAUGGUGGUCCAGGUGCUGUUCAGGCCCACGGAAAAUGCCUAAAAUGCUACAUGAACCCAUGUGUUGUGAUUGCCAAUCGCCAUCUAUGUGGACAAGGUCAAGGCCCUUCAGAAUACAACCCACCGAUUAGGAAGGAUGUUUAUAAAAAGUUCUGGAGAGUUAUUGAUAAUUUAGGAGGCUGGCUUAUCAAGGAAUAUAGAAGAAAGAAAUCAAACUCUUCAAAUCUACAAAACAUUGUGUACUUGAAGAGAGACAUAAUGCCUGAAUGUGUGCUGGAUUUCGUCAGAGCGAGGUAUCCUAAUCCACAUGGGCAAGCUUACAUGGGACAUAAAUGGGAAUAACAACACUAUUAUUAAAAAAGAAAGGGAUUGGACAAUACAACAGCUUUACCAAUGGAGUUUUACAUUACCAAACUAACAUUUUAUGCCAAUAAAAUCAUGAUGCAAUUCAGUUAUUUUAUUUACAAUAAACAUGGUGUGAAUUUAUAAUUUAUCCUAUUACAUCUGUUUUGCUAAAGAAAAUAUGAAUAUACUAAUGAUUAAGGUUACAAAUACCUUUUUAUUUGGUAAAAAUAUAACAAAUGCAAUUUUUUCAGUGUUUUCACUUUUCACAUCAUAAUGAUAAAAGUUUCUCUUAGAAAGAGUACCAGAAUAUAAAUAUAUAUUAUAUAAAUACAUUACAUUAGCUAGUCCAUUUUACUAUAACUAAAGAAGCACCGGAAGAAUACUAUUUACGUGAAUAUAACAAGACGCUGUCUUAUAUAGCAUUAUUGAAGUUGUAAAUGUGAAUAAUCAAAUAAA